GCCACCACCGCUAGCAGUGAAGUCGCCAGCCGGUCAGCCUCAAGAAAAUUCACAUAUUCCAAGAUGCGGGACGUCCUCAAGACCGAAGAACUCGAUAUCCCCGAAGGUGUCACCAUCGAAAUUAAGUCCCGUAUCAUCAAAGUGACGGGUUCCCGGGGUACACUCACGAAAAAUGUCCGUCAUGUUGACAUGGAUAUCCAAGUCGUGAAGAGCCCGAAAAGCAACAAAGUCACUCUGGCUGUCUGGCAAGGUGGAAGGAAGCACGUUGCCUGUCUACGGACGAUCAGAAGUUUGAUCAACAAUAUGGUCAUUGGUGUCACGAAGGGCUUCCUAUACAAAAUGCGUGCCGUCUACGCCCAUUUUCCCAUCAACUGCAUCAUUCAAGAACAAGGACAGGCGGUAGAAAUCCGGAACUUCUUGGGGGAGAAGACUGUGCGAAAUGUCAAGAUGUUGGAUGGCGUAACUGUUUCAGAGUCGAAAGCCCAAAAAGACGAGUUGAUUCUUGAGGGCAAUGACGUGGAAAAUGUCUCACAAUCAGCCGCUUCGAUUCAAGGUGUUUGCCGCGUACGGAACAAGGAUAUUCGUAAAUUCUUGGAUGGUAUCUACGUCUCUGACCGGGCAACGAUUACGCAGGAAUAAGCGGUGGUGUUGUUCCUUGCUAGGGGUUGGAGUUGUCAUUAUAAAACCUCCAUGUCGCAUAUGUGUUGGCCUCAUUGUACUCUAUGCUUACGCAUGACAUGCACAUUUCAAUUUCUAUGAGACGAAAACGAAGCAC